CUAUUGGACGUGGAGAAAUGAGGGCCUAUGAACCAAUAUAUCUCGCACUGGAACAGUUAGAGAGGAGUUGGUGACCUGCCCGUUGCGGACCGGCGGCCGGACAGGCGGCUCUCAGCUGUGAGUCCGCUCGUGGACGAGCCAGCAGCCGUGGCUGGCCCUUUCAGAUGUUCUGCUGAAUGAAAACCUCAUCUGAGAGAACGUUGAACCCACUCCCUGAGCUAUCCGAAGAGAGCGACUCAAUGCCCCUGGGCCAGGCGGUCUGUGGGCAUGAAGUGGCUGGGAGAAUCCAAGAACAUGGUGGUGAACGGCCGGCGGAGCGGAGGCAAGCUGUCUGCCGAGCCCCCGCAGAGCCCGGCGAAGCUGCAGCACGCGGGGAAGGAGGCCGCCAAGGCCGGCAGGCACGCGGCCGAGAGGAGGGCCAGCAGAUGUAACGGGAACUCGGGGUUCGAAGGCCAGAGUCGCUAUGUGCCGUCCUCGGGGAUGUCCGCCAAGGAGCUCUGUGAGAACGACGACCUGGCCACCAGCCUGGUCCUCGACCCCUACCUGGGCUUCCAGACGCACAAGAUGAACACCAGCGCCUUUCCUUCGAGGAGCUCAAGGCAUUUUUCAAAAUCUGACAGUUUUCCUCACAACAACCCUGUGAGAUUUCGGCCUAUUAAGGGAAGGCAAGAAGAACUAAAGGAAGUCAUUGAACGUUUUAAGAAAGAUGAGCACCUGGAGAAAGCCUUCAAAUGCUUGACUUCAGGCGAAUGGGCACGGCACUAUUUUCUCAACAAGAACAAAAUGCAGGAGAAAUUAUUCAAGGAACAUGUAUUUAUUUACUUGCGAAUGUUUGCAACUGACAGUGGAUUUGAAAUUUUGCCUUGUAAUAGAUAUUCAUCAGAACAAAAUGGAGCCAAAAUAGUUGCAACAAAAGAGUGGAAACGAAAUGACAAAAUAGAAUUACUGGUGGGUUGUAUUGCCGAACUUUCAGAAAUUGAGGAGAACAUGCUGCUUAGACACGGAGAAAACGACUUCAGUGUCAUGUAUUCCACGAGGAAAAACUGUGCCCAGCUCUGGCUCGGUCCCGCCGCCUUCAUAAACCACGAUUGCAGACCUAACUGUAAGUUUGUGUCAACUGGUCGAGACACAGCGUGUGUGAAGGCUCUGAGGGACAUUGAACCUGGAGAAGAGAUUUCUUGUUAUUACGGAGACGGGUUUUUCGGAGAAAACAAUGAGUUCUGCGAGUGUUACACUUGCGAAAGACGGGGAACCGGUGCUUUCAAAUCCAGAGCGGGACUGCCUGCACCUGCUCCUGUUAUCAAUAGCAAAUACGGACUCAGAGAGACAGAUAAACGCUUAAAUAGGCUUAAAAAGUUAGGUGACAGCAGCAAAAGCUCAGACAGUCAGUCUGUCAGCUCUAACACUGAUGCAGAUACCACUCAGGAAAAAAACAGUGCAACUCCUAACCGAAAAUCUUCAGUUGGUGUGAAAAAGAACAGCAGGAGCAGAGCAUUGACAAGGCAGUCCAUGGCGAGGAUUCCAGCUUCUUCCAACUCUACCUCAUCUAAGCUAACUCACAUACAUAAUUCCAGGGUACCAAAGAAACUGAAAAAGCCUGCAAAGCCUUUACUUUCAAAGAUAAAAUUACGAAAUCACUGCAAACGGCUGGAGCAAAAGAGUGCUUCGAGAAAACUGGAGAUGGGAAACUUAGUACUGAAGGAGCCCAAAGUAGUUCUGUACAAAAACUUACCCAUUAAGAAAGAUAAGGAGCCAGAGGGACCAGUCCAAGCCACAGCAGCGAGCGGGUGCUUAACCAGACACGCGGCCCGGGAGCACAGAGCGAGCUCGGGGCGAGGCGCCCCGCCGCCCGCCCCCGGCACGUACCCCACCAGGCGGUCGGCGCGGACGAGGCCGACCCCCAAGGAGUCGCCCGGGGAGGCCAGCGCGGUGCCGCAGGUGCUGGGGGCCCGCCCGGAGCCGGGCGAGUGCGGUGGCUCGGAGGCCACGGCCGGGACCUGCCCCGACUGGGCUCCCUCGCCCGGCGACGCUUCCGCUGUGGCGCCCGAGAGCUUCAAGACCAGAGACGGCUUCAGAACUGCAAAGGGCAAGAAGAAGCGGCGCAUCACGCGCUACGACGCCCAGCUGAUCCUGGAGAACAACUCCGGGAUCCCCAAGCUGACGCUCCGCAGGCGGCACGACAGCAGCAGCAAGCCGAGCGACCCGGAGAGCGACGGGAUGAGCUCCUCCAAAAUCAGCAUCAAGCUAAGCAAGGACCGCGACAGCGACAACAGCCUCUACGUGGCGAAGCUCAACAACGGGUUCAGCUCAGGGCCCGGCGGCAGCUCCACGAAGCUCAAGAUCCAGCUGAAGCGGGACGAGGAGGGCCGGGGGCCGUGCGCCGAGGGGCUCCGCACGAACGGGCUGUGCUGCAGCGCCCCGCUCUCCCUGCUGGGGCCCCGCGCGGAGGGGGCCGGCGAGGACAGCGCCGACGGGCCCUCCUCCUCCGAGGGCGACGAGGACGAGGACGAGGACGAGGACGACUUCAUCCCGCUCCCCCCCGCCAAGCGGCUGCGGCUCAUCGUGGGCAAGGACUCCAUAGACAUCGACAUCUCGUCCCGCAGGAGGGAGGACCAGUCGCUGCGGCUCAACGCGUGAGCUCCGGGCCCUCCCCGCCCGGGGAGCUGCUGCUGCGGAGAAAGGCCCAGGACUCCCGCAGUGACUCCCGCAGUGACUCCGGGCGGCACUUCUUCCCUCCCCUCCUCAGCGUCCUCCUGUGGAGAGUGUACAGCCUGCCGCCUCUUCCCACGUCUGAUCUGUGCAGGUUUUUAUUGUACUUUUUAAAUAGCCUUCUUGCGUGCAAUCCUGGGUUAGAGGCGGGGACCCUGUUGUAAGAUAAAGGCUCCAGCAGAUGUGCAGUGAGAGCAGCUUUCCACACGGACGCUGAAAACAACAAUGUGGCUACACUAGUUUUUCUCUUUCCUUUUCUUUCUUUUUGUUUUCUUUUUUUUUUUUUAAACCAAGAGCAUCGAGUGGCUCUUUAAUAUAUGACUAAACAAUAAUUUAAAACAAAUCAUAGCAGCGGCAUAUUAAGGUUUCUAGUAUAUGCUAAUAUCACCAGCAAUGAUCUUCGGCUUUCUGAUUUAUUUGCUAGAUGUUUCCCCCUUGGAGUUUUGUCAGUUUCACACUGUUUGCGGGCCCGGGUGUGCUGUUCGAAUGGCCUUGGUUAAGAUAGCAAACCAUCGGUUGGGAGUCGAGUUGAUUUCUUUAAAAAAAAAAAAACAACAAGAAAAAAAAAUAAGAAGAAGUGCAGACCCACGUGUGACAGCUCGCUUGUCAGCACAGCGUCCGGCGAGGGGAGCGGCGUGCGGGACGGGUUUGACGCGGCGUAUUUAUUGCUUGACGUGUAAAUUAAAGACAUUGUAUUUAACACUUUUCGAUCCUUUUAGAUAAAAUUGUUCUUUGCAAGAAUGAUUGGUGCUUAUUUUUUCAAAACUUUGCUGUGAACGGUGUGACAACAACACGCAGCAUCUGUCUGAUGAACUACAGCUCUGACUUCGGGCCUUCGAGGUUUCUGUUGCACUUGUAAAAUGCUACAAGGAAUAUUAAAAACUCUAUUCACUUUAACUUAUGAUAGUUUAUGAAAUAAAAACAUGAGUCACAGCUUUUGUUCUGUGGUAACCUAUAAAAAUGUUUGUCUUUGAAAAUUCAAUGUAAAGAACCGAAAACAAUGUAUAUGUUGUAAAUAUUUGUGUGUUGUGAGAAAUUUUUGUCGUAAGAAAUUAAAAGAACUUACCAGGAAGGUUUUUAAGUUUAGAAAUAUUCAUGCCAAUAAAAUAGGAAAUUAUAAAAUAUAUAGUUUUAAGCACUGCAUCAGUGAGUUCUCGGCUUAUGUUUAUGUAUGAAAAUAUCAAAGAUUUUUUUUUUACUCCUAUCAGUUAAACAAAAAGAGGAGUCAGAUUUAAUUUGUUUUUUUAAAGCACUUUGAGAAGAGAAAUUAAUUUUACGUAACUUAAUGAGCAAAUUUUUGAUUCCUUCUUUAUGUUCAAAACCAACCUUUCGUUUCUGUGGAUUAUUUUGCAAAUCAUGGGACAGAGAAUUGGGGAACAUAAAUCUUUAGUGGGUGUCUGACGCCGGUGGGUCUCUUUAUUUCUAGGAAAUGUGUGCGUGUACUUUCAGAGAUACAGUGUUCCGAAGUAAAAUCAAUUUAGGGGGUUCGUGUUAGUGUCCGUAGAAGUAGCCCAUGUCUUAAAAUACUAAAAGGAAUCUGCCCGUAACGAAAAGUCCAGUGGAGAAAACCUCAAUGCUUACGUGUUGUUUCUAGUGGAUUCCUACCAGUUUCCGGGUUCUGGGGACGUCAUCUAAGUUGAGUUCCCGAAAACUACUGCUAAUAGGUUCCAAGUAGAAAUUAACAACAUUCAUAAAAGUGUUUGAAACGCAGACUUUGGUUUCUCCGUACGUUCUCUAAGGACUUACUCGGUGGUCUUACAUCGUCUCCUUCAUGUCUGUCGUGUGCAGCUUAGCCCCUCAGGUAUCCCACGGGCGCGUGUGCAGACACGCGCUCACACCCCCUCCGCACCGUGGGUCGGUCUCCACCUGUCCCGAGGCUCGCGGAGCACGGUAGGGACCACGUCCGGGCCUCGCGCUGCCCCUCGUGGGAGAAGCGUGCGGCUCGAGCCACUAAGGCAGGCCAGGCGUGGACCCUGCGUCUGGAAAGCACCAGAGAGCGGUGGGCCACCUCUGCCACUCCCGCCUGGGCGUGGAGUGUUGCGGAGAGGUUCAGAGACGAGGUCCCUUGAAAUACCAACAACAGCCAUUUCAGGAAUUUCGAUCUUAAGGAAAAAGUCACAAAAUACCCCAUUUCCCAGUCUUCUCCACUUCUCAGCUUACCUUUAGUAACUUAUUUAUGUUUGUUGUAACUUGAUUGUGGCCUGGUCUUCCGAGGCCGACCUCCCCGUGGGCCCGCGCGGUGGUGGCCGGGAGCCAAGUGCACAGACGUCCUGUGCAGGAUCAAUGGCCGCCGCCACCCCCCGGGGAGACCCUGUUUCCGUUUCUAAAGUUCGGGGCCUGGGGGCCACUCUGGAGCCUCGCUGUGGGGACUGGCAGGGUCCACACCCUGGCGACCACUUGGAAGAGGGCUGCGUUCAAUACAGCCUCUGGCUGGACCUUAUGCAAUGAUUCGUAAAAGAUUUUGGCAUUGUGUACGAAUUAGGAAGCGAUCAGAAAAAUACGUGUAAAGUUUUCAAUUUUCAAUCAUUUUUCAAAUUACUGUCUUAAAUUGUUUUGCUGAGUUGUAAUACUUUUGAGAUACAAUGUAUUCCUUGUACUGAAAGAAUUGAAAAAAAAGGACUUUUUCAGCAUUUGAGGUAAGUUCUUUAACGUUUCAUUAAAGACAUUUUUUACAAAUAUUUUGUACAUGCACUUGCAGUAUUGAGGUUAAUCAUUUUAAUAAAUUCGGAAAUUAAAA